GUAGAAGCCCGCUAGCUUCCCAGUAAGGUCCAGGCCUUACCGGGGAGGGAGAAGGGGCAGACAGAGGAGUUGGGGAGACUGUAGACUGUGUCGUUCAGAUCCUGUUCCAGGAGCCGAGCCUCGUGGGCCUGAGAGAAGGGGAUCAUUAGGUCACCUUGCAGAGUUCAAAGACUUUUCCAAGGACAGAGCCUAGAACCAAAGGGAAUGGCCCCUGGGACCCAGAAACACCCAUUCCAGGAGCUGGUGACAUUCAGGGAUGUGAUUGUGGACUUCACUAAGGAGGAGUGGAGCCUCUUGGACCAAUCUCAGAAACAACUGUACAAGAAGGUCAUGCUGGAGAAUAUCCAGAACCUGCUGUCCUUGGAUUUAGUUACCAGGAUUGAAGUCAAUGAGGUGACUAGGAAUUAUGGAAUUUUUCUGGAAAAACAUGACCUGCAAAGAUUCAUGAGUGAUGGUCCCUGGAACUUCAAGUUGACAGAAAUCCAUGACUCUAAUAUCAAGGUUGAUAAAAGUACAAAGAGUGACCUUGAACUUGAUGAAACUGGAAAGAGAUUCAGUAAGCCUUCUAUCCUAAAUCACUGUAAGAAAAUGAUCUCAGAGAAUGACUCUGUUCAGGAUAGUGAAUAUAGCAAAUGCUUUCUUGAACAUGUAGAGUUUUUUCCAUCCCAUGAGAAGCCUCCUGAAAUGCCAGUGUAUCCAGGUAAUCAAUGGGAAAUGCCCUGGUCCUGGAGUUCAGACCUCAUUAGAUAUCAGAAGAGUGACACUGGAGAAAGGCUUUGUGUAAGUAAUGAAGGUGGGAAGGCCUUGAGUCAUAACUCUAAGCUCAUUACUCAUCAGGAAAUUCCCAUUAGAAAGGAGGCUGAGGAACAUAAUGAACGUGAAGCAGUUUCAUCCCAUCUCUCAUCACUUCCUUGCCAGCCUAGAUUUUACCCUGGAAUGAAAAGUCAUGCAUGUCGUCAGUGUGGGAAGGCCUUUGGUUGGAACUUAGAUCUUGAGAUCUCAGAUAAGAUUCAUACUGGAGAGAAGUUCUGUGAAUGUCAUGAAUGUAAGAAGGCUGUCUGCUACGGAUCUCUCUUUAUUGGUGACCAGAGAAUCCACACUGGAGAGAAACUAUUUGAAUGUAAUCAAUGUGGAAAGGCUUUCACAGACAGUGGCAGUCUUUCCGUACAUCAGAGAAUCCACACUGGAGAGAAACCUUAUGAAUGUAAUCUGUGUGGAAAGGCUUUCACACAGAAGGGCAAUCUUGCUGCACAUCAGAAAAUCCACACUGGAGUGAAGCCUUAUGAAUAUAAUCAGUGUGGAAAGGCUUUUACAAGGAGGCAGAGACUUGUUGCCCAUCAGAGAAGCCGCACUGGAGAAAAACCUUUUGAAUGUAAUCAGUGUGGAAAGGCUUUCAGACAGAGGAGCCAUCUUGCUGCGCAUCACAGAAGCCACACUGGAGAGAAACCUUAUGAAUGUAAUCAAUGUGGAAAGGCUUUCACAGAGAGUGGCAGUCUUUCUGUACAUCAGAGAAUCCACACUGGAGAGAAGCCUUAUGAAUGUAAUCAAUGUGGAAAGGCUUUCACAAGGAGGCAGAGACUUGUUGCCCAUCAGAGAAUUCACACUGGAGAGAAGCCUUAUGAAUGUAAUCCAUGUGGAAAAGCUUUCACAGACAGUGGUAGUCUUUCUGUACAUCAGAGAAUCCACACUGAAGAGAAGCCUUACGAAUGCAAUCAGUGUGGAAAGGCUUUCAGACAGAAGGGCAAUCUUGCUGUACAUCAGAAAAUCCAUACUGGAGAGAAACCUUUUGAAUGUAAUCAAUGUGGAAAGACUUUCAUAAGGAGGCAGAGACUUGUUGCCCAUCAGAGAAUCCACACUGGAGAAAAACCUUUUGAAUGUAAUCUGUGUGGAAGGGCUUUCAGACAGAAGGGCAAUCUUGCUGCACAUCAGAAAAUCCAUACUGGAGAGAAACCUUUUGAAUGUAAUCAGUGUGGAAAGACUUUCAGAAAGAGCUGCCAUCUUACUGGACAUCAGAGAAUCCACACUGGAGAGAAGCCUUAUGAAUGUAAUCAGUGUGGAAAGGCUUUCACAAGGAGGCAGAGACUUGUUGCUCAUCAGAGAGUCCACACUGGAGAAAAACCUUUUGAAUGUAAUCAGUGUGGAAAGGCUUACACAGACAGUGGCAGUCUUUCUGUACAUCAGAGAAUCCACACUGGAGAGAAGCUUUAUGAAUGUAAUCAUUGUGGAAAAGCUUUUACAAGGAGGCAGAGACUUGUUGCCCAUCAGAGAAUCCACACUGGAGAGAAACCUUAUGAAUGUAAUCAGUGUGGAAAGGCUUUCACAGAGAGUGUCAGUCUUUCUGUACAUCAGAGAAUCCACAGUGGAGAGAAGCCUUACGAAUGUAAUCAGUGUGGAAAGGGUUUCACAAUGGUGCAGACACUUGCUGUCCAUCAGAGAAUACACACUGGAGAGAAACCUUAUGAAUGUAAUCUGUGUGGAAAGGCUUUUAGACAGAAGAGCCAUCUUGCUGCACAUCAGAAAAUUCACACUGGAGAGAAGCCUUAUGAAUGUAAUGAGUGUGGAAAGACUUUCGGAAAGAGCUUCCAUCUUGCUGCCCAUCAGAGAAGCCAUACUGGAAAGAAACCUUAUGAAUGUAAUCAAUGUGGAAAGGCUUUUACAGACAAUGGCACAGAGUCUUGCUUCCCAUCAGAGAAUCCACACUGGAGAGAAACCUUGUGAAUGUAAUCUGUGUGGAAAAGCUUUCAAAGACAGGAGCAGUCUUCCUGCCCAUCAGAGAAUCCACAGUGGAAAGAAACCUUUUGAAUGUAAUGUAUGUGGAAAGACUUUCAGAAAGAGCUCCCAUCUUGCUGCGCAUCAGAGAAUCCACAAUGGAGAGAAACCAUAUGAAUGUAAGAAAGGUUUUCAGAACCAGCUCCCAACUCCAAAGGACUCAUUAUGGAAAAUGCCAUCCCCAUCCAGAGAAGGAAUUAUGAAGUCUGAAUGCAGAGUAAAGCAGACUAUUUUCUUUCUGUUUUUUUUGUUGUUGUUGUUGUUUCUCAUGGUUUCUCUCAUUUGUUAUAAUUCUUCUAUACAACAUGACUAAUAUAAAAAUGUAUUUAAUAGGAAGCUAUGUGUAGAGCCUAUGUCAGACUGCAGGAUAUCUUGGGGGAGGUAGGGAGGGAUGCAAAUUUAAAACUUAUAGAAGUGAAUAUUGAAAGCUAAAAAUAAAUUUAACUAAUAAAAAAAUACUUCUGGGUCU